CAUCUCUCCAUUCCCAGCCCAUUCAAUUCCUCAAUUAUCGACUCAAUCACAACGCCGUCCUUCUCCCACCACCAUGACUCUUUCCAACCCCACUGUCGUCCUCAUUACCGGCGCCAGCCGAGGAAUCGGACGAACCCUAGUCGAAACCUUUCUCCUCCGACCAAACCACAUUGUCAUCGGCACCGUGCGCAACACAGCCGCCGACUACGUCAAAGAUGUCGAAUCCCUGCCCAAGGUCGAUGGCUCACGUCUACAGCUCAUCAAAAUCGAAAGCAGCAACUCCACCGACCCAGCAACAGCUAUCAAUGACCUCGUGGACAUAGACCACAUCGACGUGGUGAUAGCCAACGCGGGCGGAGCCGGCGAGAAAGGCAUCAUCCUCUUGGACGUGGUGAGCCCCGAGGUCGUAACGGAGGUAUUUACCGUGAAUGCGCUCGGUCCGUUGGCCUUGUACCAGGCCGUGAAGCCUUUGUUGGAGAAGUCCUCUUCCCCUAAGUGGGUGUCUGUUACCAGUGCUGCGGGGUCGAUUGGUCGACUUGAGCUUCAUAAGGCGUAUAUUGCCCCGGCGUAUGGGAUUGCGAAGGCGGGGUUGAAUUGGAUUACGACUGCUAUUCACAGUGCCAAUAAGGAGUUUAUUGCGUUUGCCGUGCAUCCUGGAGAGCGGCAACAAGAGUGCCCGCGCGAUGGGCCUUCCUCAGGCUCCUAACUCUCAGCGCCAGUGUGUGGAUGGCAUUCUGGGAUUGAUUGUUAAUGCGACUCGGGAGAAGACCUCGGGGAAGUUCUUCAACGUGAUUGAUGGAACGGAGAUCCCGUGGUAGAGGGACACUUACCCGGUCACCUGCUGGAGUCCCUGAUAGAUGGUAAUGCGCCCAAUUAUAUUGUUCACCUUCCGCACAGAGCACAAC